AGAAUUACCACCGCCGCCAGCGGCUUCCGCAGCCACUACCACCACCCCCAGGGAGAAGCUCGAGCCGGACGGGCGGGCGCUCGCCGGCGUCGUGCUGACGUCACGCGCGUGCUGACGUCGCCCGCGGCCGCGGCCUCUGAAGCGGGCUGGGGCUCGGGGGGCGCCGAGUUUGACUAGUUUGGGGGCCGCUGGGCGUUUGGCCCCGCUCCCGCCGCCCGCCAGCCUUGCCUCAGGCGGGCCGAGUGCGUCCCGCCGGCUCCCUCGGGGACCCGCACUAGCAGCUGGGCGGUGCUCGCCGAAAGUUGGCCCCUGACGGACUGGCCGGCGGGCGGGCGGGCGGCCGGUCGCAGCCAUGGAGCCCCGCGGCAUGGAGUACUUCAGCGCCCAGGUGCAGCAGAAGGACGUCGGAGGCCGGCUGCAGGUCGGCCAGGAGCUCCUGCUCUAUCUCGGUGCUCCCGGCGCCAUCCCGGACCUGGAGGAAGACCUGGGCCGCCUGGGCAAGACAGUGGACGCGCUCACCGGCUGGGUGGGCUCAAGCAACUACCGGGUAUCAUUAAUGGGAUUGGACAUUUUAAGUGCCUUUGUGGACAGAUUAUCAACACGAUUUAAAUCCUAUGUAGCAAUGGUUAUUGUAGCUUUAAUAGAUAGAAUGGGAGAUGCCAAAGACAAGGUACGGGAUGAAGCGCAGACUCUGAUAUUGAAGUUAAUGGAUCAAGUGGCGCCACCUAUGUACAUUUGGGAACAGUUGGCUUCUGGUUUUAAGCACAAGAAUUUUCGAUCUCGAGAAGGCGUGUGUCUGUGUCUUAUUGAAACCUUAAACACUUUUGGGGCUCAGCCACUAGUCAUCAGCAAGUUGGUACCACAUUUGUGUGUCCUAUUUGGAGAUUCCAACAGUCAGGUGAGAGAUGCUGCAAUAUUGGCUGUAGUGGAGAUUUAUAGACAUGUGGGAGAGAAAGUGAAGGUGGAUCUUUGUAAGAAAGGAAUUCCCCCUGCUAGAUUAGAAAUGAUAUUUGCCAAAUUUGAUGAAGUGCAAAGUUCAGGCGGUAUGAUUUUGAGUGUCUACAAAGAUAAAAGCUUCGAUGAUGAAGAAUCAGUGGAUGGAAAUAGGCCGUCAUCAGCUGCUUCAGCCUUCAAGGUUCCUGCACCUAAAACAUCCGGAAAUCCUGUCAACAGUGCAAGGAAGCCUGGUUCAGCAGGUGGCCCUAAGGUUGGAGCAGGUGCUUCCAAGGAAGGAGGUGCUGGAGCAGUUGAUGAAGAUGAUUUUAUAAAAGCUUUUACAGAUGUCCCUUCUGUUCAGAUCUAUUCUAGUCGAGAACUUGAAGAAACAUUAAAUAAAAUCAGGGAAAUUUUGUCAGACGACAAACAUGACUGGGAUCAGCGUGCCAAUGCACUUAAGAAAAUUCGAUCACUGCUUGUUGCUGGAGCUGCACAGUAUGAUUGCUUUUUCCAACAUUUACGCUUGUUAGAUGGAGCACUUAAACUUUCAGCUAAGGAUCUUAGAUCCCAAGUGGUUAGAGAAGCUUGCAUUACUGUAGCUCAUCUUUCAACAGUUUUGGGAAACAAGUUUGAUCAUGGCGCUGAAGCCAUUGUACCUACACUUUUUAAUCUUGUCCCCAAUAGUGCAAAAGUCAUGGCAACUUCUGGAUGUGCAGCAAUCAGAUUCAUCAUUCGGCAUACCCAUGUACCCAGACUUAUACCUUUAAUAACAAGCAACUGUACAUCAAAAUCAGUUCCCGUGAGGAGGCGUUCAUUUGAAUUUUUAGAUUUGUUGUUACAAGAGUGGCAGACUCAUUCGUUGGAAAGACAUGCAGCUGUCUUGGUUGAAACUAUUAAGAAGGGAAUUCAUGAUGCUGAUGCUGAGGCCAGAGUGGAGGCAAGAAAGACAUAUAUGGGUCUUAGAAACCACUUUCCUGGUGAAGCUGAAACAUUAUAUAAUUCCCUUGAGCCAUCUUAUCAGAAGAGUCUUCAAACUUACUUAAAGAGUUCUGGCAGUGUAGCAUCUCUUCCGCAAUCAGACAGGUCCUCGUCUAGCUCACAAGAAAGUCUCAAUCGCCCUUUUUCUUCCAAAUGGUCUACAGCAAAUCCAUCAACUGUAGCUGGAAGAGUAUCAGCUGGCAGCACCAAAGCCAGUUCCCUUCCAGGAAGCCUGCAGCGUUCACGAAGUGACAUUGAUGUGAAUGCUGCUGCUGGUGCCAAGGCGCAUCACGCUGCUGGACAGGCUGUGCGAAGUGGGCGGUUAGGUGCAGGUGCCCUGAAUCCAGGUUCCUAUGCAUCACUAGAGGAUACUUCUGACAAGAUGGAUGGAACAGCAUCUGAAGAUGGCCGGGUGAGAGCAAAGCUUUCAGCACCACUUGCUGGCAUGGGAAAUGCCAAGACAGAUUCUAGAGGAAGAAGUCGAACAAAAAUGGUGUCUCAGUCACAGCCUGGCAGCCGGUCUGGGUCUCCAGGAAGAGUUCUGACCACAACAGCCCUCUCCACUGUGAGCUCUGGUGUUCAAAGAGUCCUGGUCAAUUCAGCCUCAGCACAGAAAAGAAGCAAGAUACCACGGAGUCAGGGCUGUAGCAGAGAGGCUAGUCCAUCUAGGCUUUCAGUGGCCCGAAGCAGUCGUAUUCCUCGACCAAGUGUGAGUCAAGGAUGCAGCCGGGAAGCUAGUCGGGAGAGCAGCAGGGACACAAGUCCUGUUCGCUCUUUUCAGCCCCUCGGUCCAGGGUAUGGGAUUAGCCAAUCAAGCCGACUGUCGUCUUCUGUCAGUGCCAUGCGAGUCCUGAACACAGGUUCUGACGUGGAGGAAGCAGUAGCAGAUGCCUUGAAAAAACCUGCUCGAAGAAGAUAUGAAUCAUAUGGAAUGCAUUCAGAUGAUGAUGCUAACAGUGACGCAUCUAGUGCUUGUUCAGAACGCUCCUAUAGUUCUCGAAAUGGUAGUAUUCCUACAUAUAUGAGGCAAACAGAAGAUGUGGCAGAAGUCCUCAAUAGAUGUGCUAGUUCCAAUUGGUCAGAAAGGAAGGAAGGCCUCCUGGGUCUACAGAACUUAUUAAAAAAUCAGAGAACACUAAGUCGAGUUGAACUGAAAAGGUUAUGUGAAAUUUUCACAAGAAUGUUUGCUGAUCCUCAUGGCAAGAGAGUGUUCAGCAUGUUUUUGGAGACUCUAGUGGAUUUCAUACAAGUCCACAAAGAUGAUCUUCAAGAUUGGUUGUUUGUACUGCUGACACAACUACUAAAAAAAAUGGGUGCUGAUUUGCUUGGAUCUGUUCAGGCAAAAGUUCAGAAAGCCCUUGAUGUUACAAGAGAAUCUUUUCCAAAUGAUCUUCAGUUCAAUAUUCUAAUGAGAUUUACAGUUGAUCAGACCCAAACACCAAGCUUGAAGACAGUCAAGCCAGCACUUCGGGACCAGCUUCACUCUUUUUGGAGCGCCAAGGUGAAGGUUGCUAUCCUUAAAUACAUAGAAACUCUGGCCAAACAGAUGGAUCCAGGAGAUUUUAUAAAUUCCAGUGAAACUCGCCUAGCAGUGUCUCGGGUCAUUACUUGGACAACAGAACCUAAAAGUUCUGAUGUUCGGAAGGCAGCACAGUCAGUGCUGAUUUCUUUAUUUGAACUCAAUACCCCAGAGUUUACAAUGUUAUUAGGAGCUUUACCAAAAACUUUUCAGGAUGGUGCUACCAAGCUUCUUCAUAAUCACCUUCGAAACACUGGCAAUGGAACUCAGAGUUCCAUGGGGAGUCCUUUGACAAGACCAACACCACGAUCACCGGCCAACUGGUCCAGUCCUCUUACUUCUCCUACCAAUACAUCACAGAAUACUUUAUCUCCAAGUGCAUUUGAUUAUGACACAGAAAAUAUGAACUCUGAAGAUAUUUAUAGCUCUCUUAGAGGUGUCACUGAAGCAAUCCAAAAUUUCAGCUUCCGUAGUCAAGAAGAUAUGAAUGAGCCAUUGAAAAGGGAUUCUAAAAAAGAUGAUGGUGAUUCAAUGUGUGGUGGUCCUGGGAUAUCAGACCCAAGAGCAGGAGGUGAUGCUACUGACUCAAGCCAAACAGCUCUUGAUAAUAAAGCUUCAUUGCUCCAUUCAAUGCCUGCUCACUCCUCUCCACGCUCCCGAGACUAUAAUCCAUAUAACUAUUCAGAUAGCAUCAGUCCCUUCAACAAGUCUGCCCUCAAGGAAGCCAUGUUUGAUGAUGAUGCUGACCAGUUUCCUGAUGAUCUUUCCCUAGACCAUUCUGACCUAGUUGCAGAGUUGUUGAAGGAGCUGUCUAACCAUAAUGAACGUGUAGAAGAAAGAAAAAUCGCCCUCUAUGAACUCAUGAAACUGACACAGGAAGAAUCUUUCAGUGUUUGGGAUGAACACUUCAAAACAAUAUUGCUUUUAUUGCUUGAAACCCUUGGGGAUAAAGAGCCUACAAUCAGGGCUUUGGCAUUAAAGGUUUUAAGAGAAAUCCUAAGGCAUCAACCAGCAAGAUUUAAAAACUAUGCAGAACUGACUGUCAUGAAAACAUUGGAAGCUCAUAAAGAUCCUCAUAAGGAGGUGGUGAGAUCUGCUGAGGAAGCAGCAUCAGUAUUGGCCACUUCAAUUAGUCCAGAGCAGUGCAUCAAAGUGCUUUGUCCUAUCAUCCAAACUGCUGAUUACCCAAUUAAUCUGGCUGCAAUCAAAAUGCAAACAAAAGUGAUAGAGAGAGUAUCCAAGGAAACUCUUAACCUGCUUUUGCCAGAGAUUAUGCCAGGCCUAAUACAGGGUUAUGAUAAUUCAGAAAGCAGUGUUCGGAAAGCUUGUGUCUUCUGCCUGGUGGCUGUUCAUGCAGUAAUUGGUGAUGAACUAAAACCACAUCUCAGUCAACUCACUGGCAGUAAAAUGAAGCUACUGAAUCUUUACAUCAAACGUGCACAAACAGGUUCUGGAGGAGCUGAUCCCACUACUGAUGUUGCUGGACAAAGUUAGUGAAACUCAUCAAAGUGAACCAGGUCUCUCAGAGAAAGGACAGACAGACCACCCUCAUCAAUGAAAGGAAAUUCUCAAAUACAUCUUUUGGAACUUAACCAUUGUUUCCCAGUUUUAGUUUUUUGUUUUGUUUCAUUUUGUAUUUUCUGUAACAGAGGGCUACCCUCAGUCUGCAUGUAACUUUUAUGAUAGUUAUUCCAAAUUCAAGAAGAAGCAGUAUUAACAUCAAUUGAUCAAUACAAAGUAAUUUUUAAUCUAAUUCAUCAUUUCACAUGUUUGUACUUCUUUGUCUUCCCAUUAACCUUUGCCAGUGUUAUGAUUGUAUAAAUUUUUUAAAAUGCUGGUUAAACAGGAAUGCUUAAAGCUUUAAAAGUUUAACAGUCUAAAACAUUUUUUUUGCCUUUGUUCAACUGCAGAAUAAUAUUUUUAUUGCUAUUUUGAGUUUUGUUCCGUAUCAUGUCCUAUGCUAGAAAUAUUGAAAUGAUGUGAAACAAAGCAGGACUAAUUUGAACUUCAGCUGGACUCUGUUGGUGUGAUGGUGAUACAUGUCAUUAGUUGCAACUUCUUUGGGGUGACCUUAAGACCUCAAAGACGUAUGUUACAGAAUCAGCCAGUUCUGUAAAACUGAUAUUGUUUGUUGGUUAUUGAUCUUGCCAUCUUUAUUUAAAACCGUGUCCCUUCUAUGAUCCCUUAAGAAAGCUGCACCAAAUCAUCUGCCUGUUUUUUUCUCGAUACUUAUUGAAAUAGAAGGUUUUAUUGCAGGGUUUUUUUUGGUUUGUUUAUCUUUGUUGUGAUGAUGCUUUUUUUGUAUUUAUUAAUAUCAAAUUCACUUAUGAAUAAACUUGAUAAUGGAAACAGACAAAAAAAAUCAAGUGCAUGUGUGUCCUUGACCGUCUUCUGUUUCUCACUUAAUAAACAAACUAAUUAUUGAGACAUGGAAGUCGACCAGCACCUUUUCUUUAAAUGGUGGAACCUGGUUUCCUUUUACCAUGAAAUUGUCUUACUUGAAAAUGUUGAUCCUGAUGAGAGAGAAGAUGGUGCCAAGGCUAUCUUUGUAUAAUGGGCUCAAAUUCUCUACCUCUUCAGGGCUAAUACUUUUAACUGAGCUGCUGCCUAUAGUGUCUUUUGGGAAACUACUUAAAGGGUGAUUUUCUGUUAGCUUUUAACAAGUUUUUUUAAUCACCUUUUGCUACACCUGUUCUUUUCAUGUGCAGCCAACUUUCAGAAAUUACCAGUUGUGGUGAAAGGCCAAAUUAGAUAAUUUGGAACCAGGAUACUAAUGAUUUCUCAUCUUGACUAUUUUUUUUUUAAAUCCUAACAUAACGUGAAUUUGAUUGGAAAGGCAAAUAGCUAUUAGGGAAGCAGUUUGCUAUUGUUACAGAGUUAUCUGUACUUUCUUUGUUUAAUUGAAAAAAUGUAGAAAUGUAUGUAAAGAAUUUAAGACAAGAGUACUGAAAGGAUGAUUUGUCAUAGGCUUUCCCCUUUGUUUCUGUUCUAGCAGCAGGAAAAUAUAGUUUCUCUAAAUCCUCUCCCUCUUACCUGUAACAAUUUUGUUUUCUACUGUUAAUUACAUUGUGUAUUUAUAGUUCUAUGCUUACUGUUGUGCAUAUACUGGCAAUAAAACUGUACAUAACAUUACUUGAAAAA